AACACUUGCUGGCUUGUUAAGACUUAAGACUCUCCUUCCACUUCUUUCACAUCCAAAUAUUUCAGAGCAUUUUAGUAUUCUAACUCUCCAUUAAGUACACUGCAAUUUUUUUCUCAUUCAGGAUCAUAAGAGAGGAAGAAGAAGAUAAGACAAUGAUCACUACCAGAUUUAUCAAGUGUGUAACAGUUGGAGAUGGAGCUGUGGGGAAAACCUGCAUGCUCAUAUCCUACACCAGCAAUACCUUCCCAACAGAUUACGUUCCAACGGUGUUUGAUAACUUCAGUGCUAAUGUAAUGGUAGAUGGUAGUUCUGUGAAUCUUGGCUUAUGGGACACUGCAGGGCAAGAAGAUUACAACAGGCUAAGGCCUUUGAGUUACAGAGGAGCUGAUCUGUUUUUACUGUGUUUCUCUCUCACAAGCAAAGCCAGUUAUGAGAACAUUUCCAAGAAGUGGAUACCUGAGCUGCAACAUUAUGCUCCAAAUGUGCCUGUUGUGCUAGUUGGAACAAAACUAGAUUUGCGAGAUGACAAGCAAUAUCUGAAGGAUCAUCCAGAAGCCACUCCAAUAACCACUGCCCAGGGUGAAGAACUCAAGAAACUGAUAGGGGCAGUAACAUAUAUAGAAUGCAGCUCCAAAACGCAACAGGUAAAGGCAUCUUAAAAACACAGUGCAUUCAACUUGUAAAGAAGAGUGUUGCUUUAUUCUUUCUUAUACUCCUGGUUUCAGAACGUGAAGAAGUUUUUGAUGCUGCAAUCAAGGUCGCUUUGAGGCCAUUAAAGCCAAAGCGGAAACAACCCAAGAGAAGGACGUGCUCAUUCUUGUUUCAGCUUUUUUGACUCUCCCAUAAAACAAAUUUGAAACCCUAUCGUUUAUCAAUGGUAGUGAUUCUAAAUAUACAACAAAAAAAAAAAAAAAAUUCUUGUGAUUUUGAAUAUUUGCCCGAGGAAGGAAUUCGUCUCAAUAAUGAUUAGUCCUCCUUAGUUAAAUUAAACUGUUAUCCUGCAGUUUCCUAGCAGCUUGUAUUUCUCUUGUUCUGUACUUGGAAGUUCUCUUUUUGCAAACUCG